AAACAUCGACAACAUAUUUAGAAGAAUGUUGCCCACGCCCGAAAAAUUGGGCAGUCAAAUUUGCGGGACCGGCCGAUGCUAAGAUCCAGGCAGCUGCGGCUUUACCGGACCUUGGGAGAGAUUUAAAACCCCAGCUCUUUGUAGCGAGCGAGCCAGCGUGUACUGUACCUACGGAGUGAAAAGUCCUCUCAUUAUUCCAGGAGUGAUGACCGAAUGGAUCCACCCGCCAGGUCGGAUCGAACGGAGACGAUUGGGACAUUACCCGCCGGAUCCAGGGAAAUCCCCCACAAAACCGCAAAGUUGCUUUCAUUCCAAUGCCAUUCCUCUCCCCCACAAAAUGGCGCACGCUUGCUUGCCCACUGCGGUCCGGCCGGCCUUGGGGUCCUGGGAAUGUCCACUGUGAAUUCGCGACAGUUGCAACUGACUGAAUUGGGAGGAUUUAGCGGGCGGUGCCAGCCGCCACUAUCUUCACCAGUCCGAAGCAGGCAAGCAAGCAAGCAACCUCGGUCCAUGGAUUUUUGGAGAACCCCAAACUUUCCAAACUUUCUAGCUUCCCAUCUCCUUGUUGAAAGCUCCCCUAGCCGACGGGAAAUUCGCGGUGAGUUCUUUGUAUGCUCGUACCAUUGCUGGGGAAGGGGGAUUGCGAAAGUGAAACUCACCCCCGUGCCUACUGCGCUCUCGGGAGCAAUACUGGCUGAUCCAGCCGAGUCACGAGGUCCGGGGUUGGAUUUCGUGUUAAACUCAGUCUCCCAGGAGUCGAUGCGACCAGGAGCACCAUCAACGGCCCGUGACCUGGUGGAUUGAUCCUGGCCAAGACCGUAAUCUUACUGCAUACCAACAUUGGCGUACAACGCACGUCUUACAGUCUUGGAGGGUUUGCAAUCGGCCGUCUUACCGUACUGCCCACGAUAAUAUACUCGUUUGGGGGACCUGUCUCUUUUG